AACCCCCGAAAAUUGCUACGCCCCUGAGGGGGUUUACCUUCUUUAGGUAAGCACAGGGAGUCACGCCCCGGGGUACCCUAGUGAUCUGUCCUCCCUUCGUUUUCCUCUCCCUCUACUCCUACUUUCAUCUUUCCCUUCCCCCUUGUCGUGGUUGCCGAAUUUACUGGUGAGUGCUUGUCAUCUGUGUUUGAUUACCACUCUGUUGUGUUGGACAUAGAUGGGAAGAGACCACCCGCGUGUUUGCCGUGCGUGGAGACCCGUGUCCCUGGAAAAGGGGAUCCUGGCAGUUGAGGGGCAUCUUGGUACCCCAAUACACUGCUUCGGCCCUUGCUUCAGGUAAACGGGAGGUGCAUAUUGGCCUGUGUGCACCAAUCGGCUAGCCACGAAUAUCAUCUGUUGGCUAGGGUCAAGUCCGGGGUCAUUUACUGGGCACCUCGUUAAGGGUGGAGGCUGCUUCAGGAGUGACUCUCGGACGUAUAGCUGUUAGUUAACACCGUUGUUAAAUAGCGGAUUGGUGGCAACACCAGUUUGAUAUUUACAUCCCCUUAGUUGGACUCCGUGGUGGGUGGUGUCGCUAAUAGUGGAAAUGUUUUAAAUUUUCUAUGGCUGAAGAUGGAAAGGUGUUGAGUUCCGCACACCACUGCAAAAACAGCGGAACAACUCUUACACCGUACGUAUACGCUCGCUAUUUCAUUAUAACAUUGACAAAUCCUAUCAUACCAAACACAUCAUUUUCUAAGGUUUCACCAUUCUUAAUACACAAGGCUCUUCUCUCCGCACUGGGAGAAGUAGCCUCUGUGAGAAAACUUCGUUCCGGCGACCUUUUAGUGCAAACGACAUCCGAAAAACAGGCCACUGCUCUAUCUAAUUCUACAACUAUAUGUUCCUUUAAUGUAACUGUCACUCCGCACAAAUCUCUGAAUACUUGUCGUGGAGUAAUAUCUCAAGCUGAAUUCAUAGAUGACGAAGAAAGUAUGAUCUUGGAAAACCUGCAAGACCAGCAUGUUGUCGAGGUUCGUAGGAUUAAGAUUCGAAGGAAUGGACAACUCAUUCCAACGAAACAUCUCAUCCUUACGUUCGCCUCUCCAACAGUACCAUCUGCUGUUAAACUUGCAUGGUAUAAUUGUCCAGUCAGACCUUAUGUCCCAAACCCUUUGAGGUGCUUUCAGUGCCAAAGGUUUGGGCAUUCAAAAGCAUCUUGCCGUGGUACACCUGUUUGUGCUCGCUGCUCUACUCCUGGCCAUUCAGACACUUCUUGUGAGUUGCAACCCCUUUGUGUUAACUGCAAGGGAGCUCAUGAAGCUUACUCAAGGAGUUGUCCCAGAUGGUCAGAGGAGAAAGAAAUUCAAUCAGUGAAAGUAUUGCAAAACUUAACCUUUAGUGAAGCCCGUCGAAUCGUUACCGCCCGUACACCCCGUCCGGGCGUUUCGUAUUCUACGGUUGCUAAGACUUCAUAUUGUACUAUAGGUACUCAAACUGAUUCCACGGCACAAACAUCUACUAAAAAUAAACAGAUUAAACCACCAACUCCAAAACCUAACUUUAACUUUACCGCAGCAUCAACAUCUAAUAGAACCACCUCACCUCCACCUAGCAAAACAUCUAAAAUAGACAAUUCCGAAAAGGUCCGACCUUUUCCAAAACAAAUCCCUUUAAAAAAAUUACCCCUAAGUCAAAAGCCUGGCUAUUCCAGGAAGAAAAAAGAUGCAAAGUACAUUCAACUUGCGAAUCAAUCCACUUCUUCUGCUUUACAGAAGAUGGAUUGUGAGGUAGAAUUGUCUUUGCAUCCUUCUGACGACGAAUGCCUACUCGAUUGACCUCUGGAUAAUGACGUUAACUUUCAAUAAUCUUUUCUUAUUUCAUAAUGUCCAUAUGUUUCGUAUCGUGGAACUGUCGCGGUUUGCGAAAUAAGGUCUCGGAUGUCAAGGACAUUAUUUCAAAAUAUCAACCUGCAUUCAUUGCCUUGCAGGAGACACAUUUAACGUCAUCUAAUACUUUUAAACUGCGCAACUAUUCUUGCUAUCGGCAGGAUUUUAAUGAUGGAAAUCAACCUCAUGGCGGCGUAGCAAUUUUAACUUCAUCAGCUUUUCCAUCAACUCACCUCUCAUUAUCAACCUCAUUACAGGCUACCAUAGUUCAAAUUCACAUCAAUGUUCUCAUUACAGUCUGCUCUGCCUAUCUACCUCCUCAUGCAUCCAUCUCUCAAACAGAUUUGAACUCACUGAUAGUUCAGUUACCUUCGCCUUUUAUUUUGCUCGGAGAUUUUAAUGGUCAUAGUGAAUUGUGGGGUAGUUCCGCCUCCAAUAACCGGGGGCGUAAAAUUGAACAACUCAUCCACGACCAUAAUCUCUGUUUGCUUAAUAAAGACGAAGAAACUUAUUUUCAUUCACCUACUCGAACCUUUCACUCCAUUGAUCUAGCAUUAUGUUCACCCGAUAUCUUACCUUUUAUAAACUUUUCUGCGAGUGAUAAUCUUCACAACAGUGAUCAUUUUCCUCUCAUUGUUUCAUAUUUUACUUCUGUUCCCAUGAGUUCACGACCAUCAACUUUCAUAUUUCAUCGCGCUAACUGGCCUCUAUUUACAAUGCUUGCUCAGAUUACGGAGGAUAUGAUAACUCGCAAUACUAUAGGUGCCGCUAUUAAUAAUAUAACAUCUGUAAUUCUCCAAGCGGCAGAAGAAAGUAUUCCUAAGUCGUCAAGUUCGCUUCCUCGCCACCGCAAGCCGUGGUGGAAUGAAGAAUGCGCAGCUGCUUACAAAGAGCAGAGACGCUUGUGGAACAUCUUCCGCCGUUAUCCUAAUACUGUUAACCUUUUGGCCUUUAAACGGGCAAAA